AUGGCCGACAAUAAUAUCGCCCAGGGCAUCCGCGACGAGGACCUUUGGCGUCUCAUCCGUCGUUUCGACAAGCAAGUCGGCCAUGUCCAGUCUGUUCCCCGGACUUCGCAGCAGCUCGACCUGAAUCGCUCAGCCAAGGAGCAGUUUUCACCUGCGAAGCUGCAGAAGACAAUUGAGAGAUUCUAUAUCUCUGUAAUCGUCAAAUGCGGUCUCUUUUUCAACCAUAUUAACCAGCUGCGCUCAUGGGAGGAUCCCCGCCGGACGGGGACCUUCUUUGCUGUAUAUCUUGUCGCAUGGCUAUGCGAUCGUCUCGUUCCGAUGCUCACUGGCGCUCUGCUGCUCAUGAUCUUCUCCCCGUCCACCCGAUCGCGCAUUUUCCCGCCCAUCUCAGAGGCGCAAGCUAUUCCCCUUAAAAAGGAUGAAAAGCCAGCGCAACCCACUCAAUCAAAUGAAGCGCGUGAAGGCGAAGCAGCUGAAGCUGAAGCCGCAGCCCUGGUCAAUAACCUCACGACCUCAAUCGCAGAGCCCUCCGAGGAGCCAGUUCAAGUCGAGACGACCGACUCGGGAACUCUCGCCAUCACAGCCGACGGCGAGGAUGGAAAACCCAAGACUUCUCCGGCUAUUAGUGUUACACUGCGUAUUCUAAGUGAUAUCACGGAUCUCUGUGAGCGGCUUUCCAAUCUCUUCUCGCCAGCACCGCCUUUUACUCUGAUUGUGCCUCGUCUGCGUCUAGCUAUGAUUCUAGGCUCUGUAUGUGUGGUGUCUCUAUUCCUGUCCGGCCAUAUGAUCGUCAAGUCGGUGGCACUCACAAUCGGUCUCGUAUUCUUCGGCGACCCAGUCCUCAGUCGCGCAGUCGGGUUCCUAGACAAGAACAUUCCAAACUGGAAAGAGUAUAUGGAUAUUGACAAAACCCUCCUCAAAGGCGUCCCCACAAACGCCCAGCUAACCCUCGUCCUCCUCCGCAUCGGCGAAAUGGCAGCAAGUCCCAUCCCAGCACCCCCGCCACCGGGCGCCUACAAAGACCAGUACCCAUCGCAAUGGCAGCUGUGGCGGCGACGAACCAAGGCCAUCGACGCCGCAAAGAAGGAAGAGGACGGCGACGACGACGCCUCAACCCUCACCAGGGAAAGCACCAAGGAUAGCGAAAGUACUACAACCGACCCAUCCUCCCCUGACGGUCUCAAGACAAAAAUCAAAGCCAAACCGAAGAAAUGGCUGCGCAUACUGAAAUUCGCCCGCCGGGCCAUCACAACAGCGAUUAAAGGCCAGAUCGCGUAUAACCGGGCGCUGGCACUAUCCGGGGCCGGGACGAAACACUAUGCCAAGGGGUUGAUAUCGGCGGUGCUAGAGAGGAAUAUUGCCCUUAUUGCCCCGCCGACGUUGAGUAACGGGCCGUUUGUGUUUGAGGCGAAGUUUGAGAGGAAACGCGGGACUGCUGUUAUUGAUUCUGCGCCGAGGUCUGUUCCAACACCAGAUGGUGAAGGGGAAGCAGGGGAAGGGGAGGAGGGAGAGACAGAUACAGGACCGAUAUUAUACUUCACCUCCCGCGCAUCCGCAAAACUCAACAUGGAAGAUCUGCGCAUCGACAGCCAAAAGGCCGAUAAUAUAGGGUUCCAGGUCCCGAUUAGUGAGAUCACAGAGCUGAGGAAGACGGAGGGGCUGGGGUGGAAGGGCAAGCUGGUUGUGCAGUUUGCGGCGGGGACGGAGGAGGCUGCGAAUGAGGGCCUUGUUAUUAAAGGACAGGAUCCGGAGAAGACGUUCCAUCUUACGGAUAUGCGGGGCAGGAAUCAGUUGUUCAAUCGCCUUGUUGCGGGCGGUGCGCAGUCUUGGGAGAUGCAUUGA